UAUCCAGUUGAGUUAUAUCAGAGCUCUACGUUUUUGUUGCAUUUUUAAGUUAAAUCUAUUUCAUCCAGUAUUGUUCGUAAUAGUCACUGCAAUCAUGAUAAGAAAUCCAUCAGUCGAUCUGUGCCUUUUCAUCCUAUUUGAUCAUGUUGAUACCCCAUAAUGUGCCUCUUGAUUGAAAAAAGUGCAGUUCUAAUUCUCUUGUUUUCCGGUCAAUUCUAGAGCGUAUUAAUUUUAGUAGGAAUUGGAAAGCAUGGAUAACCCCAUUUUAGUAAUAUCAAGCGAUGAAGAAUCGAAUAGUGGUUCUAGCCCACGUAACAUACCGACAAUUGAUGAUUACCAUAGGGAACUGAAUUUUUAUGACAAGGAAAGAAGUGGGCCUUCUUGGAAUGAUGAGGCAGAAGAACUUGCUGGCAACACCCAUAAUCGAAACGCCCAUGAUCUUUCGGAGAGUGACUCUGAUGGGGAUUCCCAAAUUAACAGCUAUCUAUCUCAGAAGAAAUCUCAGCCCCAAAAGGGUAAAAGACAGCGAAAAAACGUGAGUGAAGCAGAAAUGCAAAAAAAGAAAGAAAAAGAAGAAAAGAAGAAAGCAUUGAAUGAGGAAAGACGGAGAAAAAAAGAAGAAGAAGCCAAGCGUAAAGCUGAUAAAAAAGCAGCCUCGGAAUUGUUGAAGAAAAUGAAACCUGGAGAGUGUAUGAAGCUUGUGACAAUUGUUAUCGACACUAAUAUUUUGGCUUGCUCAUUCGGUGGAGCUUUACUUGCACCUGUUCAGGCCUCAGGAGCAGGUUCAAAAAUUUGUCCCCAAUUGACGCCUCAUUCCAUCACUUGGACCCAAGAAAAUAUCCAUGGAGAGAAAAUUGAUCAAAAUCACAUAAUGAUUGUUUGGACAGCAGAAACGUUAGUGCAGACAGUAUACCACGAAACACUGUGCAAAGAUGUGAUGGAAAUACAAAGGCUCAAUCCUGGCAAAACCAUUACUCUAGUCAUUUUUGGAAUACAAAACUAUUUCAGCCAACAGAAGUCGAGUAAAUCCAAAGCAAUGAAGUCCCAAAUAUCGGGUACAAAAAACUCUGAAUCAAAUUCCAAAAGUUCCUCACAUGAAGCCUUGCCUAUCAUAACCAGGGUCCAACUUGAAGAAUCCUUAACUGAAAUUCAGCUUCAUGCGAACUGUUGUCAUCGGCUGGUGGAAAGUAAUGAAGAUGUGGGUCAGUUUAUCUUACAAUUUACCAAAGCUAUUGCUGAGACACCUUACAAGAAAAUGAUGUUUGACAAGAAGCAACAAGAUUUAGAGUGGUUUGCUGCUGGAGACUCCAAAGACAGUGUUCGAAUUGACAAGAAUGGAAACGGGUUUUCAAGACUGUGGCAGAAACAAAUUUGUCAGUUUAAUCAAGUAGGACUUGAUUUGGCCGAUGCAAUCAUAAGUCAUUACAAGACCCCACAAGCACUAAUCACUGCAUAUGGAAAAUGUGAAGACCAAAGAGAGGCAGAACUUCUCCUUAAGGAUUUACCUGUUAGACGUGGUGUCGGACCUCUGAUUUCAACAAGGAGAGUUGGGCCUGAGCUAAGUAAAAAACUGUAUCUUUUCUUUACCAGUGAUGAUGAAACCGCAACAUUCUCUCAAGAAAAUAAGUGAAUCCCCAGUUUUAGACAGUCAUAUGAGCCUGGUGCAGAGUGAGAUCUUCCAGCACGAUGAAAUUUACGGGCAAGAGAUUCACUUAGGAAUGGAUUCUGGAAUCAUAAAUAAUGUAUGGCUAACUCAAUUUCAAAAAUUUAUUUUACGUCACAAAAAAAAUUUUUGUUUACACAUUUUUAUUUCAAUAUUAAUUGUUACCAACCUAAGUGAGCACCUCACAAAGUUAAAUAAGCAUAAAGUAUCCUAUUUCAUCUACUGCAUCACUGAAAUUUUGUUUCUUUAUCUCAAAUGAGUUUCUGCAGCGAUCAGUAAUGCACUUUGCUGUAAUUUUGAGUGAUGUUUACAUUUGCCUAUUAUCUAUAAUAUGAUCUCCUUUCUCUUCCUUCUGCAUUCUCCGCUGAGUCAGUAUGGAAAGUAGAAAUUCUGUGCUAUGAAUUACUAUACAUUCAUGUUUGUAGAGGCUUCUCAUCCAGUUAGAUAUAGUUAAUCUAAAAAUAUGGUAGCUCAUUGUCAAGUACAUCUAAAUGUUUUAUUGUAAAUCUCAAUCUCUUUUUUCUAUAAUAUAAUUAUUGUUUUCCAAAGUUG